CUUGUAACUCUCUUCCAUCCCUCAGGAGUCGAAAACUGGAUAUAUAUUUAUCUUGUGCCGAAUUUACACAUGGGACCCACAUCUAUCAGAGAAAGCUACGGCUAAGGAUGGCGCGAUUUAUUUCAGAACCGAGCAAUAGAAGAUGAAACAGAAAAAAAAAAAAAAAAAAAAGGCCCAAACGAAGAAGAAGAAGAAUUCAGACAGAGAGCAAUGCCAAACUUAGUUCUUCACCGGCCACCGCUCUCGCCGUCCUUAUCCCACCGCCACGCGCCGUCGUCGACAUCAUCAUCAUCGGUUUCAUCAACAUCUUCACUGAGCUUCCGAUUCCGAACCCUAAGAUCAACUGCCCGGAUUCACCCAGCCAGCCAUGGCGCGGUGAUAAGGUGCAUGGCGAAGCCGCGGAGAGUGGCAAUGGUGGCGAAGCAGAUAAGGAGGGAGCUCUCCGAUAUGCUCCUCACCGACACGACCUUGCAGUACGCCAUUCUUCCUGAAGCUGCUCUCGGAGCCGACCGAUACCUCUCUUCUCUCACCACCAUUAGCGACGUCGAAGUCUCCUCCGACUUGCAGGUAGUUAAAGUUUAUGUGUCUGUUUUUGGAGAUGAAAGAAGGAAAGAGGUUGCCCUUGCUGGGUUAAAAUCGAAAGCCAAAUAUGUUCGCAGCGAAUUGGGAAGGCGUAUGAAGUUGCGGUUGACUCCUGAAAUCCGCUUCAUAGAAGAUGAGUCUUUGGAGAGAGGUAGCAGGGUGAUUGCAAUUUUAGAUAAGAUAAAGAAUGAAAAGAAGACUGCAGUUAUUGAAGAUGAUGAGGAAAUUGAAUCAUCUGAUGCACCUCAAGAUGACGGAGAUUGGGAGAGUGAUGAUCCUGACGAAGACAUUAUAUACGUCAAAUAGUUCAUCGCCUGCUUGGUUAACAUUUUGCGUUGUUGACCAAGGCAUAGUUUUGGUUGUCGCAGGAUAGGAUGCAAACAAAGCACGCAAUGCAGAGAUGGAGAGAGAGCGGGAAAUUGUCUCCUUCCAAAAAGGAGAUAUACUUCUGAAUGCAUUAUUAGACUGGAUGAUCUCGCAUGAAGUUGUUUUCCUGCCAAAGAACUGUUGAGAUAUGUGUAUCAUUAUUUCUCUUGUGCAUAAAUAACACACAAUGGAAGUUUCCUUUUUGCUUCUUGUUUACUAGUUUAUGUGAUAGUUUUCUGCGGAAUGAUACAUUCUUGAAGGAUAUUAAACGAUUCCGAUGGUAUUU